AUACUAGAAUCUGAUCAUCAAUUGCCAUGGACAAUGUGUUAGCUUUGUGACAGGACUGCAAAUAUAUUUCUAUAUAUAUAUAUAUCUAUUGGAUUUCAUUGUGGAGUCGAAUCUUUACUUGACCGGAGUAAAUUUUGAUUUCCCAUAGGCGUAGCUUGAAGAUGUACUUAUUUGGUCAUUGCUCUGCACUGGUCAUUGUUAUUUGGAUGUGCUGCCAUGUUGUCUUGGUGCAGGUUAGUGAAAGACGAUUUUAACCAUAACAAUAAGAUUUAUGCGUAUUAAAAUAUCUAAGUCCUUCGAUGUUUAUAACAGGCCGUCACAUGGACCAUGCAACCCCUGGGGGCUGCAAAAGGGUGGGGGGUGAGGGGGCUCAGAUAGUUUAGGUGCCCAAAGGUUGCUAUGUGUUAAAAUAUUAAAUUAUCCAUCUUGUUUGGACGGGACAUAAAGCCCCUGAAAAUGGAGGAGGUCCCCAAAAGUUGCUAUGUGUUAAAAUAUUAAAUUAUCCAUCUUGUUUGGACGGGACAUAAAGCCCCUGAAAAUGGAGGAGGUGCCCAAAAGUCACGCAGGAGUUCUGAUGUUUAAUGAACAAAAUGUCUGUCCUUCAAAUAUAUUUGUCUUUAUUGAAACAUGUUUUUCGUUCGAAUAUGUUUGUCUUUAUUGAAAAUUGUUUGACAGAAAACAUUGUAACUGUUGAACUGUAAUAAAGGUUUCACAGAAAAUAACUAAUUUGAUCGCAGCUUUUCUUUGUUUCAACAAUGCAGCGUUUUUUGUCAACGAACUAGAUCUGGAUAUUGUCGACAUAUUAUCGCAACAGUGGCGACCAUGAGAUGGGUUUCAUUGGGAAGGGGGAAUAACCCCCCCCCCCCCCCCCCCCCCCCCCCCCUUUUUUUUUUUUUUUUUUUUCUACAAAACAAAAAACGGAAAAAAAAAAAAAAAAAAAAAAAUUGACAUGGUAAAUAACACAAAAAAAUUACUCGAUUUUUAAAAAAAUUAUUUUCAUAUAUUUAUGGACACGUGGUUCGACCGAACAGCGACCCUGACACUCGGUCAGACAAUCAAUUUUAAGAACCCACAAUAAUAAUAAUAAUAAUUAUAAUAAUUAUAAUCCUUCUAAAAUUCAUUCUUAAAUAAUCACAUCAUUUGAUUAUUCAGUUUGCUGAAAAAUGUUCAAUAUUUUGUUAGCAAUAUUAUUAUUGACCAGUCAACAAUGUUCUAACAAUUUUUUUAAAAGUAAAUUUGUGUAUUACUAAUACAUUCAAUCUGAAAUCCAGAAUUAGAUACCAAUACCAUGCCUGACGUGACCCACACUCAACAGCAGUAAACAAUUUACCUAGUCCAAGGUCUAAAAGGGAAGGGGGUUAUCUUCCUACACUCAGGUUGGGGGGGGGGAAGAAAUAGACGCCCCUGAGCGGGGUAGGUAUGUUCGAAUUUUACCGGAUGGAAUAAACUUUUGUUCACAAAAUAAGCUAUCGAGUUUUUUAAGACGCGUUAAACAUUUCACCAUUUAGCACAAGAACUCCGGCAAGGAACUCGCAAAAACAAAAGCCAAAGGGGCGGGAGAUUUAAGACAAGAUGGCGGUAGACGUUAAAAUAUUUGCAGGCGUCAUCUUAACAGGUUACUGCUGCUGCUGAAAUACAAAUCCGCAACUUUGUUUAAAAAUCAGGGAAAUUUUGAUGGAUUUUAGUGAAACUACCAUGCAUUUUAGUGAAACUACCAUGGAUUUUUGUGAAACUACCAUGGAUUUUAGUGAAAUUACCAUGGAUUUUAGUGAAACUACCAUGGAUUUUAGUGAAACUACCAUGGAUUUUACCGAAACUACCAUGGAUUUUACCGAAACUACCAUGCAUUUUAGUGAAACUAUCAUGGAUUUUAGUGAAACUACCAUGGAUUUUAGUGAAACUGCCAUGCAUUUUAGUGAAACUAUCAUGGAUUUUAGUGAAACUACCAUGGAUUUUAGUGAAACUACCAUGGAUUUUAGUGAAACUAUCAUGCAUUUUAGUGAAACUACCAUGGAUUUUAGUGAAACUACCAUGGAUUUUACCGAAACUACCAUGGAUUUUACCGAAACUACCAUGCAUUUUAGUGAAACUACCAUUGGAUUUUAGUGAAACUACCAUGGAUUUUAGUGAAACUACCAUGGAUUUUAGUGAAACUACCAUGCAUUUUAGUGAAACUACCAUGGAUUUUAGUGAAACUAUAAUGGAUUUUAGUGAAACUACCAUGGUUUUUAGUGAAACUGCCAUGGAUUUUAGUGAAACUACCAUGGAUUUUAGUGAAACUACCAAGGAUUUUACCGAAACUACCAUGGAUUUUACCGAAACUACCAUGCAUUUUAGUGAAACUACCAUGCAUUUUAGUGAAACUACCAUGGAUUUUAGAAGUUCCCUAAGUCGGAGUAUUUUUGUUUUUUUUUUAAACGCACUUAUGGUUAUCAUCCUGUAUUAAGUUUAAAAAAAAUAAUCUUUAUUUAAAAUUAAACAAAGAAAUAAAUACUAUGUAAUCUGUAACAACGGUGUAACGAGAGGUAACAUCAGUGUAACGAGAGGUUACAUCAGUGUAACGAGAGGUUCCUCAGAGGGGGGAAAACCGAAGAGCUUAAAUUAUGGGUUUUUAUUUAGAAGCUGUGAGUGAGUUUAAGCGCUCAUUCCACUUUAUUUGAGUAACACAGAUUUAAUUAUGAUGAUGUAAAUAAUUCUGCAACCCUAUACUAACCAUCAUACAAUGAGCUCCCUCCGAGCAACGUUCUUAAUUUUUCACAGAUUCCCCGUUGUAAAAUAAAUAUUUAAAACAUUUAAUAAUAAAUAGGAAAGUUUGAAUUCUGUUUUAGCCCAUCACAAACUAUCACAAACUCAUGCUCUAUUUCAGGUCGAUGCAGUUUCACCGACCAGCACCCACUUUUUUCCCGAAAAUAAAAGGAAAUUGAAUAAUAAUAUUAUUUUAUUUUUAUUGAUUUAGUUUCUUAAACAUUUUUUUUUUUUGGGGUCUUAAAAACUAUUUUUGAAAAUUAUCCCACCAACCCGUUUCAGUUGUAAUGUAAUGUGAAAUAAGGAAUGGCAUUGCUGGAGAUGGUCCGCUUAAAAAUAUUUUAUUGCUCUCAUCACGUGGGUUACUAUUUACCAUAAUUAAUUGUUAUCAUAAAUAUGAAACAAAAUUUAAACUUUUUUUUUCUAAUUGAAGAUAUCAGAAUCAUUUUAAAUUUAACCAUUAAUCAUAAUCAUGACAUUACUUUUUUGUUCGCCAUUUUCCUAAAAAAAAAUUUUUUGUGUGAAUCGUUUUCUUACGAUAGAAAAAUGACCACGAUUUAUUCCUUAUGUUCUGGCAGGGUUUCCCACAGGCCAACAGAGGAAUGAGGAAGAGAGUCAUAACUAAAAGGAGCUACGCCAGCAAACAGCUCACCUCUGAGCUUCACACGAGUAGUCGCCCGUACAACGUCACAAGUGUUGACGCGAAGAUUCUGCCCGUUUUACCCAGCACCAGAACACCGCCACUCAGUUCGGCGGUAGUAUUCGAAGACACCUCAACCAGAAAACCCGAUCAAGUAAACCACGCAUCUGGCUUGACAACAUCAAAUGAACGCACACGUGUUCCAGCAACUAAAACAACGUUCAUAUUUCACCCAUUUACAUCGAAUCCACAAGCUCCGGCAAAGCAUUACGCUACUGUUCCACCAACUACAGCAACAUAUACGACAACUCCACCAACUGAGAAGGCACAUACAAUAAUGUCACCAGCUACAAUGAAACACAGCACGAUCUCACAAACUGCAACACAGCGGACAACCGUUCUUCCAACAUCAUCUAUGGAAACUACAAUUAUACCAAUAACAGCCAAGGAAAAAACAACAAUUCUACCAAUACCAGCCAAGGAAACAACAAUUCUAUCAAUACCAGCCAAGGAAACAACAAUUCUACCAAUACCAGCCAAGGAAACUACAAUUCUACCAAUAACAGCUAAGGAAACAAAAUUUUCACCAAAAGAUACAAUUCAAACAUCUUCAACAUAUAAAACUAUUCGACCAAUGGAAACAACUCCAAUAACUACAACAAAAAAGACAACUCACCCACCUACAACAACAGCUUCAACUAUUCCCCCAACAAUAGCUUCGACUAUUCCCCCAACAACAGCUUCAACUAUUUCCCCAACAACAGCUUCGACUAUUCCCCCGACAACUGCUUCAACUAUUUCCCCAACAACAGCUUUGACUAUUCCACCAAAAACUGCUUCAACUAUUCCCCCAACAACAGCUUUAACUAUUCCCGCAACAACAGCUUCGACUAUUCCCCCAACAACAGCUUCAACUAUUCCCGCAACAACAGCUUCAACUAUUCUCCCAACAACAGCUUUAACUAUUCCCGCAACAACAGCUUCGACUAUUCCCCCAACAACAGCUU